GACAAGACAAAGCCACUUCAAAGCAGUUGGUUAAACAAGCUAAUUGACCUGAAUUUUUCUUUAAAGUUCUAUCAAUUCAAAAAUUUAAGUACAAAAAUUUGUUUUAUUUUUUGUGUCAUAAUUGCAUGCUGAGCUAAAGUUAUUUUAUAUUUUUAAUAAUAGAUCUGAUUAAAAUGAAACUUUUCUGUUUUUUAACAUCAUUUGUCUUUGUAAACGUUUCGACAGAUCAACUAACGGAUUAUAAGCGAGAGGUUAUCAUAACAAACGCGCACAUUGAGCUUGCCUAUAAUAUGAAUAAUAUUACUGUUGGAAACAAAAUUGUUGCGAAUGGGUUGGAGCAUGUCAUUAAACAAAUUGUUGUUGAUGUAGAUUAUGAAGCAAAUAUUUUAGGUUUUCAGCUUUCGGACAUUGUGUUUGAAAAUAUUAUGUUCACUGUACCGGAAUGCUUUGAAUACCUUUACAUCCUAGAAGAGGCCAUAGAAAUCCAAAAAGCUUUGCAAAAAGUUAUAACGGAUGAAUUGGGAAUUGCUGUUCCUAAUAUUCAAAACCAAAAUUUUGGAGACUUAGUUUUGUCACAACUUGGCAAGGAGAGGAGACGUAUUACUCUUAUGGCUUUAUCAAACAUGCUGAGCCAUGCAUUAGGUUUUGGAAAUAUGACCCAUCUUAUUGAACAGAGAAGAAUGCACACUACAGGAGGCAUAAAAAAUAGAAUCGUCCGUACAGUAGCUGAUAUUCAUAAUCAGGAACUCUCUAUUUUAGGGAUGUGUCGUUUAAUAGCAUUGUUUAUAAGUACAAAUUUACCAACAUCAUACAUAAAAAAUCUUAAAACUGGAGAUAAAAAAACUUGUUUCCUAUACGAUAAAAUUACAGAAUAUAAAAUAUACAGAGAUUUUGACGGCGUAUGGUGGCAAGUAAACGACAAUGACAUUGAUGAUAAACUACAACCACUCAUGGACCAGCUAUGAUAAUUAUUAAGACCAGAAAUGAAUGAAAUAACUUUUCCAAAAUUAUAUUAUAGUUACAUCAUUAUUGUAUUUAAAUAAUAUUUGCAGUUGGCACCUAUAUAUUAAAUUGAUUAUUUUAAUGUAUUUCAAUAAACAGCUGUUUUACUCACUGUUAUAAUUAUA